AUUUAAUUAGAUUUUUCAUAUCCAGUUAUGUGAAUCCUUUUUUUUUUUAAAAAAAACGAUAUCAUGACUAAUAAAAAACAUCCGAAAAAAUCAACUUCCAGUAAUAAAGAGAAAUCUCAAUUAAGAAAAGAUUUAAAGAAAGAAUUUCUUUAUUUUUGUCAAACUACUACUAUACGUGGAGUAACAAGAGUUGUCACUGCACGCAAUAAAACAUUACAAACAUUAUGGAUUGCAUCAGUGAUUUUAUUUUUCGGUGGUUUAUUUGUUUGUAUGUUCAUAUUAACACGUCAAUAUUUAGAGUAUAAUGUUAUUCAUCCACCACAAGUACUUCGUGAUACACCAUCACCUUUUCCAUCAUUGACAUUGUGUAAUUUGAGACCAUUAUCAUCAGAAGCUCAUUCUAUAUUAAAUAAAUAUAAAUUAAAAUCUCCAAGACAAUUUGCUAUUGAUGUGAAUAAUUUUGCUGCAAAAGUAUAUUAUUACAGUAAUGAUAUACAUUCAUAUCAACAAGUGACUAGUGCAAUAUCAAUGGGUGGUUAUUUAGAAAGCUUACCACGUAUGAUUGUUUCAAAACUUGGACAUAAUUUAAGUCAUACAGUGAUUCAUUGUAUGGUAAUUCAUGCUGAAGGUAGUAAACGUGUUAUGAAUGAAUGUGUACAAGUUGGAAGAUGGCGUCAUUUUGUUCAUGCACAAUAUUUAAAUUGUUAUACAUAUGAUAUACAUGAAAUUUAUCGUAAUCAUGUACGUACAAUUGAAUUAUUUGUUUAUUUAGAUGAAUCAAUGAAUAUUACUUCAUGUUCAGAUUGUUUUAGUUCUGAAAUUAAAUCACAAUUAAGUGGUGCAGUAGUUACUGUACACAAUGCAGAAACUUAUCCAGAUAUAAAUCAAGAAGGGAUUAAUAUACAACCAGGUAGUUUAACUGAAAUUAAAGUGAAAACAAUUAAACAUACACAAAAAACACCACCAUAUGGACGUUGCUCACCGGAUACACCGACAAAAAUAAAUCUUUAUGGUUCUGAAGUAUAUGCCUAUUCUGAACAUGCAUGUCGAAUGAGUACAAUACAAGCUAAAAUUAAUUCACUUUGUGGAUGUAAUGCUAUUGAAUUUCCAUAUAUUAAUGAAAGUUUACCAUUUUGUCUUGAAAUGAAUUCAUUUGUUAAAGUAGGAAAUUGUGAUAUUCAACGUACAACAAUUAUGCAAAAUUACACAAUUGACAAUUCAUCUACCAUUAAUAACAAUAAUAAUAAUAAUAAUAAUAAUAAUAAUCAAAAUCAUAAAUUAUUAUCUGAUAACAACAAACAAAAUCAAGAAAUAUUAACAUAUGAAAUGCCAUUUAAUUUAGCAUGUUUAUCUGAACUUGAAGCAGUGAAAAAUCGUGUACUAUGUAAAUCAGAAGUGACUAAACAUUAUCAAGGUGAUGUGGUUCUAUCGUGCACACUACCAUGUGCUUUCUUUGCUUACGAAACAGACAGAUCAACAUCAACUUGGCCAACAAAAUCUUGGCAGUUAAGUUGGCUAUCAACAAGAGCCGGGAAAAAAGUAGCCAACAGACCUGAUUUAGUCGGAUAUCGGUUAGCAAAACAAAGAUUAGAUACAUCUGGUGGGGAAAAAGAAGCACAAGAGUUCCUGUCAAAGAGCAAUGUACUAGAAAGGAAUUUACUAGCAAUUAUGCUUAUCAGACCAAAUUUUAAUGUUCACAAGGUAGAUGAAAAAGAAGUUCUAUCAUUGACAAGUCUUUUAUCUCAAUCCGGUGGUUUAUUCUCCAUUUGGAUUGGACUCAAUAUGAUGUCAGUUAUAGAAGUAGUAGAAUUAAUCACUCAUCUUAUUACAAAAUGUAGACAAUUUUCAAAGAGAAAACGAAUUCGACGAACUCAAAAAAACCGGAUUACAUGUUGUAGCACAUCAACACCCUUGACCAAUACAAAUAAUAAUAAUAAUAAUAAUAAUAAUAAUAAUAAUAAUAAUAAUAAUGAACGAGAAAUAAUACAAGAUCAAAAAAUCAAUGAAAGCAUUGGAAAACCAAUUGAAAGCUGUAGAAAAGAUGACAUGAACGCACUAAACAAUGGUCCAAUACAAAUACAUAGAAAACGAUCACCAAGUACUCCUAAUCAAAUGCCAUCUGGUAAUAUUACAUUGUGUUUACCUUAAAUUUGACACAUUGAACAACCCAACUUCAUUGACAAUUUAUCAUUUUAACCUGUGUUGAAUUUUUAAAAUGAUUAUCUAACUAACCUAACAUUUCAUUCAACU